GACAAAAAUAAUCCAUGGCUCGUAGCCGGCCCAAAGAAGGCGGCAGAUGAUCUAGAUGUCGGCGGACCCUGUUGAGCGCACGCAAUUCGUGGAUGUCGGCGGACCCUGUUGCAUUACAAGCGCUCGCAGUUCGCGCAAAGACGCAGUUGCGUUACUUUGAACUGGUGAACUUCAGUGCAGCUGAACACAAUGUGAAGUGUUUCAUGGCAGUGGGCAAACAUGCCCUCUACCUGAUCCGCCGAAAUCUUGGCGGGCUCUAUCCGACCGAAGAGGGCGGCAAAAUCUUCUUCGCCUUUAUCCGGUCAAUGGUGGAGGAUGAGGACAAUGCCACGGACCUGCUUCUGCUUCUGAGUGAAUCUGGGGCUCUGGCUUGGAAGAGCGAGAAGCUCUUUGUUUCCUGCGACAACAGGCACGCCUUGGCUCAGAGAAUCCAGGUGGCCUGGAACACGGACUACGUCUUUCGUUUCGGCCAGGUUCGGCACUUGCACUUGACCAAGCAGUCGCUGCGCGGGGAGAGAGGCGAAAGCAAGCAGACGAUCUCGUUGACGGUGAAGCCCUUCAACGGAUGCAAGCAGGUGCUCCAUCAUGGCUAUAGAUUCUUUGUUCCUCAGAGCUACAAAGACCAGGACCACGGAGGCCACUUCUUGGACGAGCGGCAGCUGGCGCUGGAGAUCAAAGUCCAGGAGCCCGUGGCCAUCGUGGACUUGGAGGCCGCGGAUCAGAAUCACAUCCGCUGGUCCGCGCUGGAGUACAAGGAGUCAUUGACACUACCCCUGAGCCGCGUCGUCAUCACGUCCAGCUGUGGCUAUCACAAGAGGAUGAACCUCAUGAAUGACAUUUGUGCCUGGAGUGGCUGGGAACUGGCGCUCAGAUCUGAAGAGAGUGUUAUGGCAGUGAUCCUCCUGCGGCGCCAGUACGUGCCUCCCUUGGCAGACUCUGCGCAGGACUUCAUCAUUCGGGUGACGAGCCCGCGCUGGGCGGUGGAUGAAGGCCAGGUGGAAGAGGCUCUUUUGCUGCAUGAAGCUCGUUGGAUUGCGGACUGCACUAUGCCGGACACGCCCAACUGCACAGUGCCGCAGCAGAUGUAUCGAGACUUCAUCCAGGCAAAGCUGGACACGCUUCUGCUGCCAGAGAGUGCGCUGGCUUGGACGGAGCAGUCUUUGGGAAUGAGGCCAUCCUGCGAGAGAGAGGCUCGUGUGUUCCUGAAGGCAUGUAUGAAGGUGCUGAAGGAGGAGUACCAGUUGUCUUGCCCGAAUUUGCUGGACGAAGUGGGUGAGGAUAUUCCGCUCCUGGUGAGUCCUUUGGAAGCCGCCCAGCAGACAGCCAGAAGCAUGCCAGGCGGCGAGGAGAGUGGUACGUCUGGCGACUUCGACGAAGCAAGAAACGCCUGGUGGGCGCGAGUGGCCCGGUACUUCACCUACUGUCUCGAUGGGGUGAUCUUUCGCAACUUCUCGCUGGCAGAUGUUUGCGAUGCUGUGCUGGCUGCCAAGCCGAACCGGGCGAAGAUCCACGAGGCUUUGCUGUUUAUGUUGCACGUGAGACCCCAGGACAUGACCCAGAAGUGGCAGCCACACGAGAUCAAGCAUCUCCUCCUCCACCCCGAAUUUUUCCAGACCUAUGAGUUCAAUGAUCGCGCCAUGCAGGCGCUCCUGGAAUUUGGCUGGCUGGCGAAGCAGUUGAAGCCGCCAAAGGGGGAGGAGAGAAUGAGCUUGGAGUUUUCCGAAUUCCUGGCGGUGCUGCUGGUGAGUUCCAUGUCCUCCAUUGACCUGAAGGCGGCCAUUUGCCGCGAAAUCAUCUCAGCAUGCUCUGGGCCGAUGCAUGUGGCGGUGCUUGUGCCUGCGCUGAGUGCCGCCCUGCAACAGCGCAACAUCCACCUCAAGACACACGCCACUGUAACCCUGGUGAACAUGACUGCCAACCAUGAGCUGGUCAAAGACAUACUGAUCAAGAUGGAGGCUCCGCAGAUCAUUGCAAGGCAUUUGUGCGUUCGGGACAAUGACCUGCUCUACUACACCCUGAUGCUGACCACCAACCUGACCAGGUCCACGGCGCAUCGUCAGGCUUUGAACAGCUUCGGCGUGGUGGGGGAGCUGACGCAGCUUCUGCAGAUGCCGUUGACUCCAAGUAAGCACCAGAUCCUGGCCGAGGUGGCCUGCACUCUCGGCCAGCUGUGCUCCGAGAAGGAGAUUUGGGAGAGCUUCUCGGACGGCAAGGUGCUGCAGCGGCUCAUUCAGCUCCACAUGUCCUCGCCGCCUGGCAGCCGUCUGAGGUCCAAGAUGAUGUUCGCCUUGCGGCAGAUCUGCUAUGGUGGAAGCUUGAAGGCCAGCGACUUUCGAGAAGAGAUCGGACCCUCCCUGCCAGCCAUCAUCCAGGAGCUCCAUGGAAUUGUGGAACAUCACGGAUUUGAUGCGCCGGACAGCGAGCAAACCGACUGCGUGGUGAAUGCGGUGCUGCUGCUGCACACCCUGUCGAUUUCGCCCAACUUGGCCCAGGAGAUGAGGGAGCUGGGCUUCAACCACAUCCUCAUGAAGCUCCGCUUCUCGCCGCUCAGCAAGCUGGACGCCACGCGCGAGCGGCUGGUGGGACUCUGGGACUUGAUGAACGGCUAGAUGUGAGAUGG